GAAGAGAGUUGAUGCGUUAGAAGUUAUAAUAGUUGCCAGUACAAUGGACAUCUACGAGCAACCCUACUAUAAAAUAACUAAAAAUUUUGCUUCUCUUAUAGGACAAUGGCCUUAUCAAUCUCGACUAAAAAGUUUAAUAUUAGGAUCUGUAUUGUGGAACUUAUUUUUCUUUCAAAUUAUUCCACAAGUUAUUGCUCUGGUAGUGAAUUUUGAUGAUCAAGACUUAUUAUUCGAAUUGUUGUCAGCAUUUAUAAUGGAUUUAGCAUAUGUGGCUAAAUAUAUUAAUACGAUUCAAAAAGCUAAAAUGAUACAGAAACUGUUCGAGCGCGUUAAAGACGAUUGGAAAAUGUUGAAGAACAACGAAGAAAAAAUUAUAUUGGAGUAUCAUUUAAAAAUAGGACGAUAUUUGUCUAUUGGUUAUACAGGCUUUGCAAACUUUGCACUCAUAAUGUUCAUAUUAGAUCCAAUUUUACCGAUAAUUAUAAAUAUUGUUUCAAAAGCAAACGAUUCUGUGCCACAGAGAUUCUCUGUCCCAAUGGAAUUUAUUAUAUUUGACAAAGAAAAACAUUAUUGGUUACUAUUGAGUGUUUCAAAUAUUUGUAUUGUUUCUAUAAUACUGGUUAUUGUUUGCUGUGAUAUUGUAUUCAUUACGUUUGUACAACAUGUCUGUGGGAUAUUUGCUGUUGUUGGAUUCCGUAUAGAACAUUGUCCUAGUGAAACAAUCUCUCAUAAUAUGCCUAGCGGAACGAGUUUUUGGAUAAACGCACAAGAUAUCCACUACAAGCACUUCGUUUCCUGUAUCAGAGCUCACAGGCGAGCUUUAAAAUUUGCUGAACUUAUUGAAACAACCUUUUGCGGAUGUUUCGGAAUAGUGGUCGGAUUAAAUUUGCCAGCUAUGAGUAUUACAGGGUUUCAGAUUAUUACACACUCGAAUUCAAUCCAAGAUACUUUGAAAUAUAUCAUGUUUACAGGAGCUCAAAUUCUACACCUUUUUUUUGACUGCUACAUGUCACAAAGAUUGACGGAUAUGAGUACCCACAUUCAACAUUGCAUAGCUAGAGCAAAAUGGUACGAAAAUUCCGCAAAAUCAAGGAAAUUGUUGAUCUUAAUGACGCUACGAAGUCAAAUUCCCUGUAAAUUGACCGCAGCUAAAAUAGUAGAAUUAUCUAUCGAGAGUUUCGGAAUGAUGGUAAAAACAGCUGGAUCAUAUUUUACAAUUCUCUUGUCGAUGCGCUAGCGCAUGAUAAAUUUUUUAUUUUAUCUACAAAGAUGAAAAAUUAUCCGGAUGAAAAUAAACAACAACGAUUCAAAAAUUAUAUCCUUUUUGCUAUGCUUCAGAUAUCAAGAUUUAUCCCGGGAAAAACGGAUUAGAUCGGACCAGAUAUAAUUAUAUCUGGUCAGAUCUAAUUAUAUCUGAUCAGAUCUAUUUAUAUCUGGUUAGAUAUGGGAUUUGAGAUAUAAUCAGAUCUAGUUAUAUCUGAUCAGAUCUAAACAGAUAUAACUAUAUCUGAAUUGAAAAAUACA